UUUUUUUUUUUUUUUAAAAAAAAAAAAAAAAAAAAACCGCUAAGGCGAACUAGAAAGACAGCGAAAAUUCCCGGUUGUCUUGGGUCAAAGUGCCUCUAAAUUGACAGGGAUUCUUGCAAGUGUACCAGCUGCGCUUGGUGAUCUUUAAGCGCAAAUUGAGCUCUCUUGAGGUCGAUCGGAGAUGACUGCUCCGCAAGAGUUGAUAUUUAGGAAGCCCGAGGGUCAAAAAAAAGCUGGCGCUCAAUUUCCUUCUUUUCCACUCUCAGGAAGCCAAGGGAUGAAAAUGCCAAUCAGAGUAGCUGUGCGGAUGGACUCGAGGCCAGUGGGUCUCGCACUGUACCUUACUUCAAAGAACCUUAAGAGAGAUUACCGCGCCAUGGCCGGCCCAUUCAUGUAGGGUUCUAAUACGAAGCUAAUGGCCUGAUGUUAUUCGUCUUUCACCGGUGUCUGAAAGGGUAGAAUUGUCAAGCUAGGUCCUACCCUUAAAUGUCAGCAUAUAUGUAUGUAUUGUACGGAGUAGUCUGAUCAUUGUGUAGGCGACAGUCAAACCGGAUGUCGGCCGUCAUCGCAUCAUCUCUGCCCCACCGUUGGUGGAGUCGAGCCACUGUCGUAAGGAAAUCCGUACGAUACCGCCAAAGAGCCGUUUCGGUGGUCCAGCCACUGUUGCUCUUGAGGUUGUUUGUUGUGACAAACGAAACUGAUAGCAGUUUUUUGUAUGGUAGUACAACAUGUACAGGUACGUAUCGAGAUCAUGUGCAGUCUUAGCCAACC